UGUGUUUUUUUAAUGUGUUGAUCAGGAGUCGUUCGAGUUUCUAAUUGGUACAUGUCGUCAAAAAUUAACAAAACCCUCAACUCUGACAAUAACGAGUCGAGCCUUAUGUCAUCGGGAGCAGCAACAGAUUCACAACAUUCCAAGAAAAAGAACAGCUUAGCUUGUAAUCCACCACCUCAAGACCAAAGGAAAGUGGAAGGGAUGGGUAAAAACAGUUCCAGUGGUGCAUCACAUCAUGGACAUGGGUCCAAAGUGAAUGAAAACGUGUCAUCUAACCACCAAUAUGCCCCAAAAAUGAUGGAUCCUGUUAAGAUGCCCAAUACCUCAUCAGAUGCUGACUUUCACAGCUCCUGGGCCAAAACCAACGAUGCAAGAAAUGCCAAUCAUCAAGGGAGUAGGAACAGCAAUCGCAGUGACAGCAUGGAGAGCACCACCGCGCCGCUUAGGCCGCAUACCGGGGGUGAUGUACGGUGGGAUGCAAUUAAUUCUGUGAGUGCCAAAGGUCCUAUUGGUCUGAGCAACUUUAGGCUUCUGAAGCGCAUUGGAUAUGGAGACAUAGGGAGCGUGUACCUGGUUGAACUUAGAGGAACCAAUGCGUAUUUCGCAAUGAAAGUGAUGGACAAGGCAUCCCUGGCAAGCAGGAACAAGUUGCUGAGGGCCCAAACGGAACGAGAGAUUCUUGGCCUUCUUGACCACCCUUUCUUGCCAACUCUCUAUUCCUACUUUGAGACUGAAAAAUUCUAUUGUCUGGUGAUGGAAUUCUGCAGUGGGGGCAAUCUUCAUUCCCUCCGCCAAAAGCAACCCAACAAGCAUUUCACCGAGGAAGCUGCAAGGUUCUUUGCAUCAGAGGUGUUGCUGGCACUGGAGUAUUUGCAUAUGCUAGGUAUAGUAUACAGGGAUUUGAAGCCAGAAAACGUGUUGGUAAGAGAUGAAGGCCAUAUAAUGCUCUCAGAUUUCGACUUAUCGCUCCGUUGCUCCGUCAGUCCGACACUGGUGAAAUCCUCAUCCAGUCAUCAAGCGAGCAACGGCGGCGGCUCCACUGGAGGCAUCUUGGACAACGAGCACGUCCCCGCGCAUGGCUGCAUGCAGCCAUCCACAUUCUUCCCCCGCAUCUUGCCUGGCAAAAAGAACCGCAAAUCCAAAUCAGAUUUCGGUCUCUUCGUGGGAGGCUCCAUGCCGGAGUUAAUGGCGGAACCCACCAACGUCCGAUCCAUGUCCUUCGUCGGAACACACGAAUAUUUAGCACCGGAAAUCAUCCGAGGCGAGGGUCACGGCAGCGCAGUCGACUGGUGGACCUUCGGGAUCUUCUUGUACGAACUCCUGCACGGGACGACCCCAUUCAAGGGCCAAGGGAACCGAGCCACUCUGUUCAACGUAGUAGGGCAGCCGUUGAGAUUUCCGGAAACUCCACAAGUAAGCUUCGUGGCUCGCGACCUUAUACGAGGCCUACUGGUUAAAGAACCCAGUAAACGAAUCGCAUGCAAAAGGGGAGCAACGGAGAUAAAGCAGCACCCAUUCUUCGAAGGGGUGAACUGGGCACUGGUGAGGAGCGCAAUGCCGCCGCACGUGCCGGAACCGGUGGACUUUUCGCUGUUGUCUGCAAAGGAAGAGAAGAGGAAUCAUCAUCUUCAACAUGAACUUGGAGAUCCUGGAGCUCCUCAAAAAGCCAAUUCCUCUGACUAUGUACAAUUCGAGUACUUUUAGCACCACAUUUCUCCCAUUAAUUCACUGCUGCAAAUUGAUUCAUAUGAGAUGAAUUUCAAUAUAUAAUUAUAAUUAACUAUAAUUAUAAGUAUGAUAAUUAUUACUAUAUAGUCUUAUACGUAUACAGAUUGUUGUAUGCUUAGUAGGAUUGGAGUUUUUGUUUCAAGCUCUCCUGUCAUUAUUACU